ACCCCACGGCCCCGGCCGGCGCCGCUCGCCCCCCGGACUGGCGGGGGCCGCGGCACCGGGAACCCACCGGGCCCUUCCUGCUUCCCCCGCCGGCUUCAAUAAACGCUUCCUCACCGCGCUCGUUAUCCCCGCCUCGUAUCCCCGGCGGCCCCACUGCCCAGCAGUCCCGGGUUCCUCUUCUCCACCCAACGGGGUGAUCGCGUCGCGGGGGCGGCCCCGGGGGCGGACCGGGCUCCGCCGACAGCAACCGGGAGCGGCAGCACGCUGAGCCCCGGCGUCCCGCAGCGGCCAUGCGGCUCCUGCCUCUGCUCGCCUGGGCGCUGCUGCCAGGCUGCGGGGCAGUGACGGGGCCCCGCACCGUCCGGGGAUUCCUGGGGGGUUCCCUGUCGGUCACCUGCACCUACCAGCCGGGCUGGGAGAAGUUCCCGAAAUUCUGGUGCAUACCAAGUAGAAAGGUUUUUACCUGUGCUAACGACAUCGUCAUCACCUCGGAGUCGCAGCCCGAGGUGCUGCAGGGCCGGUUCUCCAUCCGGGACAACCGCACACACCGGGCAUUCACGGUGACCGUGGAUGGUCUGUCCGAAGAGGACGCGGGCACUUUCCGCUGUGGGGUGCGAACGGGACUAUUUGCAUCUGAUAUGAGUGCUGCUGUGGAGGUGAUCGUGCUCUCAGGCUCUUCCAUCCUCCCAUCAUUGACCUAUGUGACCACCACGACCUCUGAUCUCAUUCUCUCUGUAACAGGCCACACACAGACAAUUUCCCAGGGGGAGAUUUUGCAAUCAACAUCAAAUCCCUCCACCCCUCAACUCUUGAAUGUGGUUGAGCACAUCCUCACUCUAGCCAUCGUUGUGGUCCUUUUUUUGCUUGCAGUGGCUGCUGGUGUUCUAGUAAUACUCUCCAGGAAGAAGAAGGCCACAUCCAUGCUUCAUCCAGCCCUUUCUGGAGCAGCCAUAGAGAUGGACAGGACUUGCAGAGUGUCACCUACAGGAGCUGAAGCCUUGAACUAUGCGGACAUUAACCACGGCACAGGCGCGGCUGAGAGCCAGUACAGCAAUGCUGAGGCUUUCCGCCACCGGGAAACGCUCCCAGUGGAGUACACAGAGGUCAGGAAGAGUGCUCAGCUUUCGGAAGAGGAAAGAGAGGUGUUAUAUGCCAGAGUGCAGAAGCCCAUGCGGCAGCAGGAGCAGAUCUACGCCAACAUGCCAUCAGCUCCACAGCCCAGUGAAGAGCUCUACAGCACAGUGUGGGGUAAAUGAGCAAGCACCACCCCCCCCCCCCCCCGCCAUGGGCAGCUCCUGCUGCUGGCAGCACCAGUGAGACUUGCACAGAGGACGUGGGGUUGCUAUCCUGCUCAGGCAGGAGCGGAACUGUUGCUCUCCAAGGCUUGGAUAUUUCUUUGAGGCAACAUCAGAGAGGAUGAGGUUGUGUGGAGGCACAGAGGGGGUUGAAGAUAAAGUCAUGCCUUUGCAAAUGCA